AUGCGAGUAUCCGCUACACCCACGCAGCCCAAGCCCAAGCCAGCCUCAUUCUCGCUCGGUUGGACAGUCAUCCUCAGUCUUCUGGUUGCGGUUCUGGCGCAGCCUUUCGUCGCACUCCUCUUCUCCACCUCGGCUACUGGGCCAGCAACAAUGUCGAUGGCACGAGCAGUGUCGCGCGGAAUCGCCAAGAAGGUGCGCAGCAUCGAGACGGCCGAAGGAGCGGGGGCGGUGGUGAGGCGCUCGAUCGGCACGCCGGCGCUGCGCAACAUCUCGCCGUUCCUCAUGCUGGACCACUUUCGCAUCACCGAAGGCGCUGGAUUCCCCGACCACCCGCAUAGAGGUCAAAUUACCCUCACCUACAUUCUGGAAGGCCAAUCGCAGCACGAAGACUUUGCAGGCCAUGCCGGUACGAUUGGUCCGGGGGAUGUGCAGUGGAUGAAUGCGGGGCACGGGAUCAUGCAUGCCGAGAUGCCCAUCCACCGCGACGCGAGCGGAAACAAGCUUCCCGAUCCCGUCGGACUGCAGCUGUGGGUAGAUCUGCCCAAGGAAGCCAAGAAGGAACCGCCAAGCUACCAGGAGUACCGCUCAGCCGCUAUUCCCACCGCAAAAGUCGCGGGGGACCAGGAUGAAGAGGGCUUCGAAGUCAAGGUAGUUGUUGGCGAGUCGCACGGUGUCGAGUCGCCCAUCAAGCUGCCCAAGAACGGCGGCAUGACGUUCCUCGACAUCACACUCGAUGCUGCGGGCACAGUGUUCCAGAAGCUCGACCCGCGAUACAACGCCUUCAUCUACACGCUCGAGGGUAUGGUGGUGGUGGGCGAUUCCACGCCCGUCGAUGCUCCCGCCCGCGCGGCGUUUGGUGGAGGAACGGAGGCGGUGGAGGGCGAAAAGAUCGAGCCGUUCCAUACUCUCGUCCUCACCCAGCGCGGAGAAGAGGGAGUAAGGAUCAGAAAUGCGGGAGAGGGAAAGGCAAGGUUGGUGCUGGUGGCGGGCGAACCGCUGGAUCAGCAAGUGGUCCAGUACGGACCGUUUGUCAUGACGAGUAGGAACGAGAUCCAGCAGACGCUCAUCGACUUUCAAACCGGCAGCAACGGGUUCGAGCGCGCCCCCGGCUGGAGGUCCAAGAUCGGUGCCCACAUGACCUAG